AUGGUUGCUGACCCCGGCCACGCCGACGUGGCGUCGGACCGCGUCAAAGUCAAACCGACCGGAGACCUCAACAUCGUCAUUUGCCUCGUCGGCUCGACGCCGACGAUAUAUAGGCACCGCGCGCUCGGGUUCCCGGCUGGUGGUCAGGACUCGGAGAAGAUGGAUGCGCCAGCACCAGCCACACCGGCACCGGCACCGGCAGUGACGGCGGUGGUGGACGCGCGGUUCUGCGCGCUGGAGGCCACGGCGUUCGCGGUGACCAAGACGAUCAGCCUGACAGGGCGCGACUUCACCGUCACGGACGCCGCCGGCGCCGCGGUGAUGCAGGUGGAGGCCGCGGUGUUCGCGCUCCUGCGCAAGUCCCUCCUCCUCGACGCCGCGCGCCGCCCGGUGCUCACCAUGCAGGACUCGGGCUACUUCAUGGACACCAGGUGGGAGAGGUGUUCAGAGGGGACAGCACACAGCCGGAGGAACCUGCUCUUCGCCGCGGUGAAGUCGUCGGCGUUCCAGAUCAGGACCAAGAUCUACGUCUUCCUGGCCGGCAACGCCGCCGGCGAGGAGGCGCCUGACUUCGUCAUCCGAGGCAGCUACUACGACGGCGCGUGCACCGUCUGUCGCGGCACCUCCGACGCCGCCAUUGCUCAGGCGAGCAGCACCUUUCAGCUCCUAAAGACCUAA